GUAGGUUAUCUAUGGAAUAAGUAUCUAUGGCAGCUAUCUCGUUAAAGUAAUAACAGUAGUUACAAUUUUUUGUUUAAUUUUGUAUUUGAAUAAAUCAAACAAUUGAAAUUCUGCAAUCAUGGAUAGCUUAGAUGCAAAUAUAAUGGAUAAAUCCAUGCGAUCUGUUUUCGUGGGAAAUAUUCCAUACGAAGCAACAGAGGAAAAACUGAAAGAUAUUUUUGGUGAAGUUGGUCAAGUGCUUUCUUUUAAGCUCGUGUUCGACCGCGAAACAGGAAAACCUAAAGGAUAUGGAUUUUGUGAAUACAGAGAUCAAGAAACUGCCCUCAGUGCUAUGCGUAAUUUGAAUGGUUAUGAAAUUGGGGGUCGUAAUUUAAGAGUGGACAAUGCAUGUACAGAAAAAUCCCGAAUGGAGAUGCAAAAUCUUCUCAAUCAACCUCCAGUUGAAAAUCCUUAUGGGGAACCAAUUCAAUCAGAAAAGGCACCCGAAGCAAUAAGCAAAGCAGUAGCAUCACUACCACCUGAACAAAUGUUUGAAUUAAUGAAACAGAUGAAAAUAUGUAUACAAAAUAACCCCCAAGAAGCUAGAACAAUGCUCUUGCAAAAUCCACAGCUAGCUUAUGCACUUCUCCAAGCACAGGUGAUAAUGAGAAUUCUAGACCCUCAAAUAGCUUGUAGCAUGUUACAUCCUACAAAUCCAAUUCCAGAACCUCUGGUUCCAAACAAUAAGCCCAUAAGUGGACCGGUGCCGAUAAACAGCAACUUUGCUCCUGCCCCACCACAGCCUGUGCAACCACCUAUCAGACAUGACUUUCCACAAAUACCACCCCCUACUACAAAUAUCUUACCACCUGCUGCAGGUCCUGUUUUCUCCAGUCAAGAUGUUGACCUACGAUCAAUGGAUAUAAGACCUGCAAGUGAUCCUAGACUAACAAAUCGAGACCAAGACAUGAGAACUUUGCCAGUUCAAAUGCCCAAUCCUGUACCACCCCCAGCAACACCUGAAAUUCGUGAUCCCCGAGCAGCAGCACCACCACCAGCUCCAACAUUUGUCAAUGAUCCAAGACAAGCAAGACUGCAAGAUCCUAGACAAAAAACUGUCCUGCCUCCGACAACGACUCCUGUUGUUCCCGUUAUUACAGGCCCCAGACCUGCACCUGGGCCUACUCCAGUGACUGUAACUCCUUCUAUCAUACCGCCCAGAACAAAUCCGGGUGCAUCUCCAAAUAUUGGACCCAGUGGAGCCUCAGAUCAAGAAAAGGCAGCACUUAUAAUGCAAGUGCUACAAUUGUCUGAUGAACAAAUAGCAAUGCUCCCGCCUGAACAACGAAACAGUAUUUUGGUUUUGAAAGAACAAAUUGCUAAAAGUACCCAAACACGUUAAAUUAAAUUAACAUCAAAUGUUAUGGUGUAUCUUUCUCAUAAUAAAUUAUCUGAAUUAUUCA